UGAUUCUCAACUCUCUACUUCUGUUUCUUCUAUGAAUGAAUCAUACAUGAUAAUUACUACUACUAUGUGUUACCAUAAUCCAAUUCUAAUUUUUCUUCUUCCCCUUUCAAUGUCACAUUAAAUAAGCACUACCAGCCAUGUCUUUAUAUUGUUCAAGCUUGGGUACCAUUAUCCCACGUAUCUUGGGACAAGCAAGGAAGAGAUACCAUGAUGUUUUUUCUGCUUUCACACUCACCUAUGUUGUUGGAGGAGUAGGUUCUACUUCUACUUCUACCUUAACUUCACUUCACUAUAAAGCACAACCCCAUAAUUACAUUGGCUGUGUCUCAAAAUUCGACCGUACUUGUUCUUUUCCUGUCAUGGAGGAGAAGAAUCAGAGUAACAACUUGAGAUUAUUGUAUGAACAAGAAGAACAACCGAAGGAAUAUUCCAAGGAACUUGAUGUUGCUGUGAGAGCAGUGCAGAUGGCAUGUUCACUCUGUCAGACAGUUCAAGACACUUUGAUUUCUAGAACCAACCAUCAGGUCCACUCCAAAGAUGAUAAUUCUCCUGUUACUGUUGCAGAUUGGAGUGUGCAAGCAAUUGUCAGCUGGAUAUUGUCGGAGUGUUUGGGGAGUGAAAAUAUCUCAAUUGUAGCCGAAGAGGACGUUCAAACUCUGUCCAAGGCUAAUGCAUCAGAGCUGUUAGAAGCUGUGGUUGAAACUGUGAAUGAAUGUCUAAGCAAAGCAUCCCAAUUUGGAGUUCAAAAGCCAAAGUCAGCUCUUGGCACUUCAGAAGUUCUAGAAAUAAUUAGUCGCUGCAACUCGAGAGGCGGUGCUAAUGGAAGAUUUUGGGUGCUUGAUCCUGUUGAUGGCACAUUGGGGUUUGUAAGAGGAGAUCAGUAUGCUGUAGCUCUAGCACUGAUAGAAGAUGGAGAGGUUGUUCUUGGAGUUCUUGGUUGUCCAAACUAUCCAAUGAGAAAGGAGUGGUUAAGCUAUCAGCACCGUUAUCAUAGGAUCAUAUCUAAGUUGACUCCUCCAAAUUCUGAAACUUGGAACAAAGGUUGUGUGCUGUAUGCAAAAAAAGGUAGUGGCAAGGCAUGGAUGCAACCUCUGCUUCAUGGCAAUAAUAAGUUCUUGUGGCCAAACAAUGCAAAACAAGUUUGUGUGUCUUCCAUUGACAAUCCAGCACUGGCUACAUUUUGUGAACCGGUUGAGAAGGCCAAUUCAAGCCACUCUUUCACUGCAGGACUAGCUCAUAGUGUUGGUCUAAGGAAACAGCCAUUGAGAGUUUACAGCAUGGUGAAAUAUGCAGCAAUAGCGCGUGGAGAUGCUGAAGUAUUCAUGAAGUUUGCAAGGAGUGGUUACAAGGAGAAGAUAUGGGACCAUGCUGCAGGUGUUAUCAUCAUACAGGAGGCGGGUGGCAUGGUGACUGAUGCCGGCGGACGGCCGCUAGAUUUCUCAAAAGGUAUAUAUUUAGAAGGGCUUGAUCGUGGUAUAGUUGCUUGUUCUGGAACCACACUCCAUGAAAAGAUCAUUGAAGCUGUUGAUGCUAGCUGGGGCUCUUCUAGCCUUUGAGCUAACUUCGUUAUAUGUCAAAUCAUUUAACAGUUUUCACGUGAGUAAUCUCAUACACUGUUACUAUACAUACAGAUCAGAUAAUAAUGUGAAUAAUACUAUUAUCAUUUGUUCUCUUAGAA